AUGUGUUCAAAUCCUCGGCACCUCGCUCAGUAUGUCAGUGAUGCUCAGCGAAAUGCCCGAAAUGUCAUCCGCAAGCGUAAGCAGGACUUGCUUCGCCGCAUCAACUACAGUUCCUUAUUUGCUGUGGUUCUUCUACCGCUAGGGGCGUUGGCGUACUUGAUACAUGGAAACUUGAGCUUCAUUCCUCAAAAUAACCGCACAUUGUGGUUCUCGGUUAUAUACUAUAACGUGACCUUGCUUGCGUUCACGGCUGGCUACCACAAGUGCUACUCCCACUCCACAUUUCGGCCUAAAUACACCCCACUUCAUGUUUUCUUUGGUAUAUUUGGUGCCAGUGUGGGAGUAGGUCCUAUAAGGAUAUGGGCAGCAAUGCAUAGGGCUCAUCAUCAGUACACAGACGACCCCGAAAAGGAUCCCCAUUCAAUAAAGCGUGGCUUUUUCUGGGCCCACUGCGGGUGGCUUUUGAAAAAGCCCAAAAUCACUGUGUUCUAUCGGGAUUUUGUUGAGCACGAAUUCCCCUCUACAAACGAUCAGAAGCCGCCUCUCUUGGAUAAACCUUCUGUUUUGACGCCACCAGCGGAAAUCAGCUUCCAAUUUGACGAAAGCGAUUCUGAAAAUGCACAAGACCAACACAGGACCCACAGGGCACUUGGUACACUAAAGUGGAUUCUUUGGCAAGAAAGAUUGUGCUUUUGGUUUUUUCUUCUAACGACAAUCAUCAUCCCCAUUGUCUGUAGUGUGAUUCUAUGUGAAGAUUCGUGGAUCAACGGCCUUAUAUAUCCUGGUAUCCUCAGAAUGUUUGCCUGUCAGCAACUGGUGUUCAGUACAGAAUCUAUUUGUCAUUUCAAACGCUUCUACGUCACUAUUCCCUCACAACCAUUCAAUGACAAGAACUCGCUGAUCAAUUGUGCCAAUCCCUUGAUCUCCAUUCUCACUUAUGGUCAGUCUCUGCAAAACUACCAUCACGAGUUCCCACAUGACUAUAGAGCGUCCUCGCUGAUUUGGAGCUUUGACCCUACAAAGUGGUUCAUUUUUGUACUACUGCAACUUGGGUUAGUGGAUGACAUCGCGAAGGCCCCUCAAAGUUUAGUCACGCAGCUUCAAAUUCAACAGCAGCAGCAAGUCCUAAAUCAUUUAAAGUCUCAGUUGAACUGGGGCACUCCAAUUUCUAAGUUGCCGAUGAUUGCAACCAAGGACUUUAGGAAGCUUUGCAAUUCGGCUUCCUCGCAAAACAGAAUCUACAUCGUCAUCCAAAACAUCAUUCAUGACAUUACGCCAUUUAUGGACCAGCACCCAGGAGGAUUGCCCCUUUUGAAAGCUUCUCAUGGCAAAGAUGCUACAAAGGCUUUUUACGGUGGUGUAUAUGGUCACCUGACUGCGGCAGUUAAUCUUCUAGCGACCAUGCGAAUCGGCGUGCUUGAUGUUGGAAAUGACGAGGACGUGUGGAGGAGAGUUGCGAAAGAAGAGGGCGAAAGUGACACGAGUGGCUCCCACCAAAACAGUCAAUACAGGAGUGCUGAAGCAGCAUGA